GCGCGCACACUCAGAUCUGCGCACACAGGGGAUAUCACAGCCCAGCGCCGAGCAGACCUGCUCCUAUCCCGCAGCAAAUCAGUUCGUGCCCGUUGCUUUUCUUUUCGGAAAUACUAGAGUAAUUUAAAAUAGACAUUCAAAGAAUCAAAGAAAGUAAAGAAGACGGAAGAAUGGGGCAGAAAACGCCAUUUAUAUUGAUGAUUUUAUUGUCUUACUGCGUCUGGAGAGAUGAGGCUUUGGCCAUGACUGAGGUGAAUGGACCGGUUGGUGGUCAGCAUGUGGCAGAGCCUCAGAUUGCGAUGUUUUGUGGUCGUCAGCUUCUACACAUGAACACUGAGACCGGCCAGUGGGAACCAGAUCCUCAGGGACGUCAGGGAUGUUUCACCCAACCCAGCAAGAUCCUGUCAUACUGCCAAGAGAUGUAUCCGGGACUGCAGAUCUCUCACGUGGAAGAGUCUUCUUCUCCAGCGACCAUCCAGGGCUGGUGUAAGAAGGGCUGGGGUCACUGUCAAACCCGUUCUUUCAUUGUAGUGCCCUACAGAUGUCUGGUUGGUGAAUAUGUAAGUGAAGCUCUGCUGGUUCCAGACCGCUGCCGUUUCUUGCACCAGGAGCAGAUGGACUCCUGUGAGAGUUACGUGUUCUGGCACAACAUUGCCAAAGAGGCCUGCACAGCUGACAGUCUGGAGUUGCAUAGUUACGGGAUGCUGUUGCCAUGCGGCGACCGUUUCCGUGGGGUUGAGUACGUCUGUUGUCCCGGCAGGGUGGGAGCGAGUGGACGUGGGGAGACGGAGACCACCGACGCAGUUCAAGAAGCAACACCUGUCGUGUCCAUAGCUGGACAAAAAAUUGUCACCAGUGUAAAAGCGAUGCCACCGACACCCAGUCCCUCUCCUGAGACUGACAUCGAGGAAGAUGACAUGGAGGAGGAAGAGGAGGAAGUAGUGGAGGAUGAGGCAGAUGAAGACGAUGAAGAAGGAAAUGAUGAUGAAGCAGCUGAGGUAGAAGAGGAACCAGAAGAGGAGGAAGCUGCCACAACUGUGAAAGAUCAGGAGGAAUACGAGUAUCCCAUCGAUUCCCAUUUCCAGGGUCAAGACUACAUGGAUAACUUCUAUUACGAUAAGACGGCCAAAGCAUCCACUCAACCGCAAACACGGGUGGAUAACGCAGUGCCCACUCCUCGUCCUACAGAUGGUGUUGAUGUGUAUUUCGAGAUGCCCGGGGACGACAGCGAACAUGCCAGCUUCCUGCGUGCUAAGAUGGACCUGGAGGAACGACGAAUGAAACGCAUCAAUGAGAUCAUGAAGGAGUGGGCAGAGGCCGACAACCAAUCAAAAAACCUGCCGAAGUCAGACCGCCAGGCACUGAAUGAGCAUUUCCAGUCUGUUCUGCAGACUCUUGAGGAGCAGGUAGCCGGUGAGAGACAGAGGUUGGUGGAGACACAUUUGGCCCGUGUGGUGGCCACUCUUAAUAACAACCGAAGACUGGCUCUGGAAAGCUAUCUGAGCACCGUGCAGAGCGACCCACCUCAGCCAGAGCGAGUGCUUCAGGCUUUGAAGCGUUACAUGGCCGCAGAACAGAAGGACCGGAGACACACGCUGCGUCAUUACCAGCACAUCGAGUCCGCCGACCCCCAGAAAGCUGAACAAAUGAAAUUCCAGGUGUACACACACCUGCACGUGAUCGAGGAGAGGAUGAACCAGAGUCUGGCUCUGCUCUAUAAGGUCCCCGGCCUGGCCGAGAAACUUCAUGAUGAAAUCCAGGAGUUAGUUAGAACAGAGAGGGGUGACAUCAGUGAACUUAUGACCACUUCCUUUUCUGAGACACGGACCACUGAGGAACUUCUUCCCGCUGAGAGCGAGGAAGAGAGAGAUGAUGAAGAGGAGGAGGAGAGAGCGUUCAAGAACAGACCCUACCCACCACGCAUCGAUCCCCAGCCAAGUGAAAAGAAAGUUUCCUCAGUGGAUGAAUAUGAUUACACCACAUCUGAAAGAGGACCAACUUAUGAAUAUGAAGAAAAAAUUAACACAUCUGUAGAAUUGAAGCAGGUGGUCUACAAGUCUCCUGGAAUUCAGAGAGAUGAGCUGCAGCCGGAUGUUUUAGAGACGUUCAACCGCGGGGCGAUGGUGGGCCUGCUGGUGGUAGCCGUGGCCAUCGCUAUGGUGAUGGUCAUCAGCUUGUUGCUCGUCCGCCGUAAGCCGUAUGGAACCAUCAGCCACGGCAUAGUAGAGCAGGUCGACCCCAUGCUGACCCCCGAGGAGAGGCAGCUCAAUAAGAUGCAGAAUCACGGCUAUGAAAACCCCACGUACAAAUUCUUCGAGCAGAUGAACUGAAGAGAGCCUUCAGUCUCAAGGCCAUGCCCUCCCCCCUGCCUCCUGUUUUCGAUUGGGGUUUCCAUGGCGACCCCCCUCUCCCCUGUACUGUAUGUAUGUAUAUGACCGAUGUUAAAACCGUACCUGGCGCGUAAAUAAGGAGUUCGUAGUGAAACCGUCUGCAUACCGCUCUUUCACCAGGGAGAGAGAACCAAUAAGAAAUUUGGCAGAACACGAAAGCCCUUCCAUCACCGGUUUUUGCUUUUGUUCGUGAGGGCGUGGCCACGCCGAGCAUGUUCGGUGGCUUCUUAUGGCCGUUUAAUAUCUUGGAAUAUUCGUCACACAUCCUUUCCCGAUGAAUCGUGUUUCACAGAUGAUCGUUCUGUUUUAAUGUGGUCUGUUUGUCGAUUUUAUUUUAAAAGCAGAGUUUUAGUUCAUGGCGAAACCUUGAUAUGAAUCAAAUGAUAUAAUUUUGAGUUCACCACGAAAACCUGUGACGGCCAAUGAGUUUAGACCCUCUAAAGUUAUUCAUGAAAGUCAUUUUAGGAUAAACGCUUGUUUCAAUAAUAGUUCACGAUGGUGAUAUAAGGAACGAGGUUUGUAUUCAUCACACGUCUGACAUUCUGGUAGCUUGUUAGUCUCGAUCACACGAUUAAAACUGUUUCAGUGUUUGCAAUGUACCACAAACGUCCAUCCAACGAUACUACCCAAAGUUGAAAAUAUUUUUCUGAUAUUGCUUCUUUAAAAGUAAAUUCUAAGUAAUCUAAAGUCCAUAAACGUAACGAUAAAGCAUGCGAAAUUUGGUGUAUGACGCUAUAACGUAAUUGUGUUGGUCCUGUUUCUUGCUUUUUGAUCAAAUGAAAAUACCACGACGUGUACAUAACUAAAGGCGUGCGUAAAAUAGACGUUCCUAUCAUUAAUUUGUCUCGAUGCAAUGUGUGGACAUCAAGAUGUGCUGCUCGGAAAGAGAAACAUUUCUUAACAUGGCUGAAUGAAAACGGACUGUUGUAUAAACCAGCACAAGAAAUCGACACAGUAACUCUUGACUGAAUGUAUAUUUGGUAGAUAUAGGCUCCAUUCAACUUAUCCUAACACAUCACGGCGUUUCCUAGAAUACGGUUAGCGUGUAGGUUAGUUUACACGUUAGUCGAUUUACCUGUUUGUGUUACAUUGCCGAAAUUCUCUUUUGACUUGGCACAACUUUUAUUGACAAGUUGUCCUUGGAAAACUGGUUUGAGUUGCUCUACUAAAACGUCAUUCACAACUGGAAAAACCUCUUGUGACAUUUUGUUUUUAAAGGGAUGGAAAACUUUCCAUCUAAUGAAUUUCCAGUUUUAGAACGUGAUAGGAAUUUUAAACAUGUUUGGUGUGUCGCUGUGAAACGUAUGUUUCGAUUACCAACGCAACAAUUUACUGUUAGCCUGUCGUAGAGAGGACACGUCUUUCAAUCUUGUUUAUUUUAGAAAGAAUAUGUUUGUUUUCUGUUCAGAAACAUGACGUGUUAGCAAGACCAAAAUGUGGGCCAUGCACUUAAUGAUUUUUCCUCCGUCUUUUUAUUAACAAAACCAAUUUACCACUCCAUUGUGAAAUAUUUAUUUCAGAUUUAUUUCAUCCAAACUUUAUGCUCCUUUUUUUGUCUUGCCUAUUUGUUUUGGUACAGUCACACUAGAACACUGGACUGCCCGAGGUACACAAUGUACAAUAUGACUAAAAGUAAUGUCGUACCACAGAAUACACUUCAUAUAUCCCCAAUUUCAUCACAUUAUGUAACAUUUAUAGCUAGAAGCUCAUUGCUAUGCGUUUACUAGUUAAAUGACAUCUUUAGAAACAUAAUGAUUCCUAAAACCGUAUUUCGUCUCCAGAUUAGACUGGAUGAAUAGUUGUUCAUGCUAGCUAAACUACAGUUGUACGAUUUUAUAUGACCUGCUGUCACGAUCAUUCUGUCAACUAUUCAUGCUUUAAUUUAGGACUCUUUAUGUAAAGUGUUACCAUGUUUUCUUACCAGCAUCAGGCAGAUAUAAGACCGUGUAUUCUGUAGGUAUUGAAUUUCUGUUUGUAUAUGUAUAUUCUGUUGAAUGAGAUGACCCCCUGACCCAGAGGAAUGACCCCUCCCUCUCCUGUUCAGAACCAAUAGAAAUGUAAACAAAAGGUAUGGAUGUUUUAACUGCUGCAUUAUUGCCUUUUUCAAUGCUGUGUUUUGGAUGUAAUUAUAUGUAUAUUUUAUUUAAGUCAACAUUAAUCGGAGUUUGGGUCAUUUGAAAAAUGCCACAUUGGACUGUAAACAUUGAAUAAGUCUGAUCAACUCAACAGACUAAAUAAUUGAUGUGUAUAGCAAAGCACAACUGUAUCCAGGCUGACUCAUUCUUGUUUAUUGACUUUUUGAGUUUAUCUUAAUUUCUUAAUAAAAGUCUUGCUUAAUCCAUUACUGAAGAGUCAAGUGAAGUCUAAGAUGGAAACACAUUUAGCCAAGAUCUGAUCCAGGUUGUGUUAAGAGAUCCCAGUUUAAUCUUUCAAAUGACUGGCAUAAAAAACCUUGAUGAGAUGGCUUAACAAUGUAAAAAUCUGUUAGAUGUAAUUUGGUUAAAUGGUGCUUUAAACAAUUUCCAGAAUUUGUCAGGACUUCAGAUAUCAAGCAGAGAUAUAAACUGAUUUCAUGUGAUUAUCACCAAAGAAAUGUUCUUGAUGCGAUUGGAAGGAGAAAUAAUGUGUCCUGUUUUUAAUGAAAUAAUUGACGUAUUGUAGGAGCAAGUAAUGUGUGAUCUGAUCUGGCUUGUUGUACUUGCAUUAAAAUGAUAAUAAAAUGAUAAAUGACCCACAGUA